AUGAGCAAUAAAAUAGAACGGGUUACAGACAUCCAGAAGUUGCUUGUUGGGAUAUUGGAGGAAUACAGUGGUAAGGAAGCCAAUAUUAUGAUAGCAGGUGGCAGUUUGUGCACUGUACUGGCGUCCAGUUCCAUUUCAAAGAUGGAUACAGAAAAGUGGUCUAUUUUUUAUUCAGAUGAAAGGUGUGACCAAAGCAAGUUGAACUAUUCUGAGAGCACUGAAUUUCUCAAUUUAUUAAGCAUAAAGACAAAAGUGAAUAGGAUUGAUUCAUUGAGUAAGAGAGGGGCAGAGGAGUACAACGACCUUCUGAAGAAGACAAGGAUAGACCUGGCUCUUCUUGGAAUAGGAAAUAACGGUCACAUCUGCUCAAUUUGGCCAAAUUCACCAGAAAUGGACUCAGGGGAGUAUUGUAUCAAGGUGGAGGUAGACGAUGAACUGCGUGAUCAUAUUACAGUAACAAUAAAGUACCUGAAUGAGUCAGUGAAUAGAAUCUGCUUCAUACUGGCCAAAAAGAACAAUAAGGAAAAAAGCAUAAACAAACCUGACAAAAGUAUCCAGUUGACUAGGCCAUAUGAAGUAUACAAGGAAAUAACAAACAAGAACAGUGAUGCAUAUCUUGAGUAA